AUGGAACGUAAACGAGUUUCUUUUAAUGUCAAAACUGCUACGUGUGGAAUAUGCCGUCAACAGAACUUGGACGCAGACGACACUCCCGCGCGUGAGGCUGUUGUCUUCUGCAAAACGUGCGCAGAGUUUUUGUGCGCAAGUUGUUUGAAACCACACAGAAAGCUGGUUGUUACUGAAAACCACCAGCUUCUAAACAGAGAUCACGUGAUAAUAGAAGAAGAUAAAAAUGAUGGAGCAAGAAGAGUUAAUGGACAGUUUAAUAUUGGAAUUCUGUCGUCUGAUGCAAUAAAGGGAUACGAAGUCUACAGAGCCAAACUGAUAGCAAGCAUGUCAAAAGAUCCAUUUAGUGUUGAAGCUGAAGAUGCUACAAGUACAGUUACAGCAGACGAUAUUCAGUCAGCAGACGAAAACUCAGAUGAUGAAGUGCCAGUUUACAAUUUUACGGAAUACUGCAGUCAGCAUUCGGAGGGAUUAAUAAAAUAUUAUUGUGAACAUCAUUCACAGCUGUGCUGUGAGCUUUGUAAACAAAACGAACAUAAGAUUUGUUUUUCUAAGUUAAAAUUUAUUCCGGAAGUAGACUUUGACUCUCUUACUCCACCUUUUAGAAAAAUUGACGCCCAAAUAGCAGAUUUCAAAGAAUACGACCGGAAGUUGCAGUGCGACUUGAAGGAAUUGAAGAAAUCACGAGAAACAUUUUUGCAUGACUUAAAAAUCAAGAAGAGGGAAUUACUGAAUUGGUUAAAUUUGAUGGAAGUACGAGCUGUAAGAAGACUAGAAAUUGUUUUUGAUAAAUGUAAAAGAGAUAUCGAGAAAAAGCGCCAGAAAGCAAAACACGCCUGCGAAGAUUUACGCGCGGAGGUUUAUUUUCUGAAAGAGAUUUUGCGUAGUGAUAUGCAUGACAACAUCUAUAAAUAUAUCAAGAUGAAACAAGCUGACAAAUCGGUGAACGAGGCGUUGAAGAAAAAGGAACAUAGACAGUUUACAAAUACAAGAUUCUGUUUGAAAAUUAACGACGAUUUUCAAAGUGCACAGAGGGAUGCUGGGCAGCUGUACGAGAUGAACUUUGAAAAGAAGGAUGAAACAAAGUACAACAUCCGCUUGAAGGAGGAAAAACGGACUUGCAACAUCACCGGAUGUGCAAUGUUGCCGACAGGUGGCAUUGCCCUAGCUGAUAGAAACAACGCCAAUAUUAAAGUUUUUAAUUCUCAAUUCAAAUUAACUGCUAAAUUAAAUGUACCAGACGGUCUGUUUGAUCUUACGUGCAUAAGUCAAAACGCGCUUGCUGUUACAUCCCCUUUGAAGAGCAAAAUCAACAUCGCUGAGAUUAGACCGGAACCGGAAAUUGUCAAGAUCAUAGAAACUGGCACUGGGACAUGUUGGGGUGUCAAGCACCAUGAAGGUAUUUUUGUUGUAAAUUGUUCCACAAAAGAUUCAUCUUUUAUUCGUGCAGUAGACUUAGAUUCAAAUAUUUUAUUCCAAGUCGAGACAAAGUGUAAUUUUUAUUCCGAAAUCGCUGUAGACGAGCUAACUAAACAUUUCACUAUUUCAACAGUGACGUCAUGUUACAUCGACGGAAGUGAUACAAAGAUUAAAAAUUAUGUUGACGAACAUGAAGUAGCUGUAAGCGAAUCUCAACAAACAACGGUCCUAGAAUAUAACUACUUUAAUCAUCUCCGUACAAAGGGUGUAACCUUUGACAGUCAUAGUAAUAUUGUAGUAUGUUGUAAAGAUACGGACCAAAUUUACACUAUUGCGCAUGCCGGAAAUGACGUUGAGUUACUUCUGGCGGAAGCGGAUGGACUGUGCGCGCCUCAAGCGUUGUGUUACAAUGACAACAAAAGUAAACUACUUGUAACUUCAGAAAACACUGAUUUCAUUCAAAUAUUUGAAUUUGCUUCUUAA